AUGUCGCUAGAGGUAGUUCCCAAGGAUAUAAGAGGAUUAAGAGCUUGUUUAGUAUGCUCACUAAUAAAGACCUUUGACCAAUUUGAAUAUAAUGGUUGUGACAAUUGCGACGAAUUUCUCAGAAUGAAAAAUAAUAAAGACAACGUAUAUGAUUGCACGAGUAAUAACUUUGACGGAAUGAUUGCUGUGAUGAGCCCUGAAGAUAGUUGGGUAUGCAAAUGGCAACGAAUAAGUCGGUUUUGUCCAGGGGUAUAUGCAAUAUCAGUAUCUGGUCGUCUUCCUGCAGGAGUAAUAAGAGAAAUGAAGAGCCGUGGAAUUGUGUAUAGACCUAGAGACACCAGCCAAAGA